AUGCUGAAACACAGCGAGAGGAGGCGGUCUUCAUGCUACAGGCCGUGGAAUACGCCCGAGUGUGACGACGCACCCAAAUCAGGGAACAGCCAACACCGCAGGAGCCUCUGCUCCUUGGGGGCCCAGUUGGGCUCCCAGGCCAGCAUCCCGCCAUGGACCGAGGGCAGCUAUAACUACUACUUCGAGGAGGACGAGGAUGGGGACGAAGAGGAGCAGUGGAAGGAUGACCUGGCCAAAGAGGAUCAGCAGCCAGAGGAAGCCACCACCACCCAGACCAAAGCCUGCACCGAGAACUCCAUGCUGAACGUCAACGUGGGUGGACAGAGCUACCGCCUGCACUACACGGAGCUGGCCUGCCACCCCAAGACGCGCCUGGGCCGCCUGGCCACCUCCACCAGCCACAGCCUCCAGCUGGGCCUGUGCGAUGACUACGAGGAUCAGACGGACGAAUACUUCUUCGACCGUGACCCGACCAUCUUCCAGCUUAUCUACAACUUCUAUGUGUCUGGGGUGCUGCUGGUCCGUGAUGAGCUGUGCCCGCGCAGCUUCCUGGAGGAACUGGGCUACUGGGGCGUGCGGCUCAAGUACACCCCCCGCUGCUGCCGCAUCUGCUUCGAGGAGCGCCGCGACGAGCUGUGCGAGCAGCUCAAGAUCCAGCGUGAACUGCGUGCCCAGGCACAGGCUGAAGAGGCCGAGGAGCUCUUCCGCGACGUGCGCUUCUAUGGCCCGCAGCGGCAACGCCUCUGGAACCUCAUGGAGAAGCCCUUCUCGUCGGUGGCUGCCAAGGCCAUCGGGGUGGCUUCCAGCCUCUUCGUGCUCAUCUCCAUUGUGGCACUGGCACUCAACACGGUGGAAGAGAUGCACCAGCAGGCAGAGCGGGGCGGCCGGUGGCCCAUCCUGGAGCACGUGGAAAUGCUGUGCAUCGCCUUCUUCACGCUUGAGUUCCUGCUGCGCUUGGCCUCCACGCCUGACCUGCGGCGCUUCGUGCGCAGCGCCCUCAACCUCGUGGACCUGGUGGCCAUCUUGCCGCUCUACUUACAGCUGCUGCUCGAGUGCUUCACAGGCGAGGACCAGCGGCGUGGCAAGGGUUCCUCGAGGGAGCAUGACCUCGAGACAGUGGGCAGGGUGGGCCAGGUGCUGCGCAUCAUGCGCCUCAUGCGCAUCUUCCGCAUCCUCAAGCUGGCGCGACAUUCCACUGGCCUGCGCGCCUUUGGCUUCACACUGCGCCAGUGCUACCAGCAGGUGGGUUGCCUGCUGCUCUUUAUCACCAUGGGCAUCUUCGCCUUCUCCGCUGCAGUCUACUCCGUGGAGCACGACAUGCCCAGCACCAACUUCACCAGCAUCCCCCAUGCCUGGUGGUGGGCCGUGGUGAGCAUCUCCACGGUGGGCUAUGGAGACAUGUACCCAGAGACCCACCUGGGCAGGCUUUUUGCCUUCCUCUGCAUUGCUUUUGGGAUUAUCCUCAAUGGGAUGCCAAUUUCCAUCCUCUACAACAAAUUCUCUGAUUACUACAGCAAGCUCAAGGCUUAUGAGUACACCGCCAUACGAAGGGAAAGGGGAAAGGUGAACUUCAUGCAGCGAGCCAGAAAGAAGAUGGCUGAGUGUUUGGCUAAAAGCAACUCACAGCCCACCCCAAGGCAAGAGAAUUAAUAUUCCACAGGACAGGUGGCUGUAGAUCC